CAUGGCCGCCGCCAGCAGCCGGUGCGGCCGCGUCGCUUCCGCUUUGAGGAGAGUGGGAAGUAGUUUGUUGAGCUCGGGUUGUGUCUCCCAGGUGAAGACGAGAAGCGACAAGAUGGAGUCAGAGAGACCGACCAAGCUGGAGUUCGCGGUGCAGAUGACGUGUGACAGCUGCGCACAGAGAGUCCGAGCGGCCCUGGAGGGGCAGCCAGGCGUGAGGUCAGUGAGCGUGGACGUGUCCCGGGAGGAGGUGCUGGUGGAGUCCUCUCUGUCCAGUGUGGAGGUCCAGGCUCUGAUAGAAGCCACCGGACGCAGGGCGGUGCUGAGAGGCAUCGGAGGAUCAGAGCCAGAUCUGGGUGCAGCGGUGGCCAUGCUGGCUGGUGCAGGACAGAUCCAGGGGGUGGUGCGUUUCCUGCAGGUGUCUGAGGAGCGCUGCCUCAUCGACGGGACCAUCGAUGGUCUGGAGCCGGGUCUCCACGGCCUCCAUGUCCACAGCCUGGGAGACCUCACCCGGGACUGCAGCAGCUGUGGAGAUCACUACAACCCCUCGGGGAGGCGGCACGGUGGUCCAGGAGACGCUGAGCGGCAUGUCGGGGAUCUGGGGAACGUGGUGGCCGGACCCGGCGGCCGAGCCUCCUUCAGACUGGAGGACAGUCAGCUGAAGGUCUGGGACGUGAUUGGCCGAUCGCUGGUCGUGGACGCGGGCGAGGACGACCUGGGCCGGGGGGGGCACCCUCUCUCCAAACAGACUGGGAACUCUGGGGAACGACUGGCCUGUGGGAUAAUCGCUCGAUCUGCCGGCCUCUUCCAGAACCCCAAACAGAUCUGUGCCUGCGACGGCGUCACGCUGUGGGAGGAGAGGGACCGGCCGGUAGCCGGGCCCGGGCGCAGCAAGGUGGAGCCGCCGGCCGCCCACCUGUGAACCUCCACCGCUGGAGAGAGAGAGAGAGAGAGAGAGAGAAGACGCAGAGCACUGAGGAAUGUUCCAAACCCUUUCAAAGACAAUCAAAGAAAUAAAUCAUAGUUCUCUGUGAUGAAAUCAAACUCUGCUGCUUCCUCUGAGGGUUCCAGAUGCACUAACGCUACAGACAAGAGGCCGGGACCCCCCCCCCCCGCUCUGAUGUCCAUUAGUGCUGCUUCCUGUUUGACACAGCUGUCUCCUCACCAUCCAGAUGGACGGGAGGUGUUUGGUCCUGGUGGAGAUGAACACCCUCAGUUUGCUAUUCACAGUGUGGACUUCAGGUUCUAAUGAUAUCUGGGUGGUGUCAGGUUGGAUGAAUUAUCUACUUGAUGGUUCAGGUGUGUCUGUAAUCUGGGGUACCACGGGCCCAGGUCGGGUUCUGAAUCCUGCUGGGUUCUGGUCCGGCUCAGUUAGUUUAUCUCUGAGCUGAACUCUCCUGUGAUGACGUGGAAACCUUUUGGAGAAGCUCAGCUGAUUUAAACAUACAAGUUAUGAUUUGGUGUAAAAUAAAUUAGGAAACAUUAUUUACUAAAUAUUUUUGGUAGAAUUAGCAUGAGAACCCAUGUUGUACUGAGUCCAUGUUGUUUCUGCUGCAUUGGGAAAGAAUUUCAGAUCACUUCCACUCACUGGGUUUGUUUUGUCAGAGUAUCUCACUAUGAGCUGGUUCCCUUUCAGUCCAUGAGGUGGUGUGAGGGACUCGGGUGGAGCUCAGGAGAGAGAGUCAAAUUCCAUCCGGAGUGAAAGGGCAAGAGGGUAAAGGUUGGAGGGGGGGGGGGGUUAAAGUGCUCAGCUGUUCUCUCAUCGUGGGGUCUGAGCCAACAGUUGCUUCUGGGCUUUAGAGCCUUAAAGUGAAGGAAACACACAUUCUUCUUCUUCUGCUCUCGUGUUCCCUGAUUGAAACGUGUUGGGUUAGAUGUUCCACCUGGUGAACACGUGGAGACACAUGUCCCCUCGUGGAACAGCUUCUCCUGGUGGACACGUCCAUGCUGGGACCCCGGCCGCACCACAUGGGCUCUGCUUUGGUUUGAUAUUCAAAUGGAGCAUCUCUCUCCUGAUCGUGCCUCGAUAAGUUUAUUGAAUUUCCAUUUCUGUGUGAAGGCAACGUGACUGUAGGGCCGAAAAUACAGGUUUAAAGAAUAAUAAACAUGAAGUAAAUGCC